AUGUUCGGUCUUACGGUAAGGCUGAGCUCGCUUGAAAAGCGAAACGCUGCCGCGGCACAAUACGCUAAAUUUUACAACUCCACUGAAUUGCUUUUGCUCCAUACUAACGUCUGUCACCUCCGCAAUCAAUCGAUUCGAAAUUCUUUUAACAUGCCUCCCAAGAAGAAGGUAGAGCGUGCUGCCACCGAGAACAUUUCUCUUGGUCCCCAAGUCCGCGAAGGCGAACUUGUCUUCGGUGUCGCCCGUAUCUUCGCAUCCUUCAACGAUACGUUCGUCCAUGUCACCGAUCUCAGUGGCCGUGAAACAAUUAGCAGAGUCACAGGCGGGAUGAAGGUGAAAGCUGAUCGUGACGAGUCUUCGCCUUACGCUGCCAUGUUGGCUGCGCAGGAUGUAGCUACCAGGUGCAAAGAAUUGGGCAUCAAUGCGUUGCAUAUCAAGAUUAGGGCCACUGGAGGCAACGGAACCAAAACCCCCGGCCCAGGUGCUCAGUCUGCUCUUCGUGCACUUGCUCGUUCAGGAAUGAAGAUUGGAAGGAUUGAGGAUGUGACGCCAACGCCUUCGGACUCUACACGUCGUAAGGGCGGUAGGAGAGGUCGUCGUCUAUGA